AUGUCGCCACAACCAGUUAUCCGUUGUCUGGUCGAUGAUACCAUCCUCACCAGAAAUAUUUCCGAGAUCGAACCAUGGGUCUCGCAGGGCGCCCUCAUUCUCGUGGUUCCUCUCUACACGCUCGAAAGACUCCGCAUCCUCAAGAAGGAUUCUUCGCAGAUCGGCCAGAAUGCUCGCAAGGCUGUGAAAUUUCUUGACAAGACUACCUCUUCGCGCGGUGAUCUCCCUCACGAUCCUGUCAUCCUGCAAGGCCCUGACGACCAGUACCCAACCUGGGCUGAAGUUGAAGCGCACUACAUUAAUGACGCCCUGAAGACCAACCCUGUUGUUGGGGAAGAUGAUUCCAUCUGCACCAUGGAUACAAAACAGGAAAAGGACGCCGAGGUCCGACUGAAGGAGACCACCCCGGCUGGCGGCGCCCUCUCUCAGCUCUUGCUUGACAAGCUCAACUUUGCCAAAGAUCCAAACAUGACCUCACCUACGUCCACUCCUCCACUGUCCCCUUCUUCCUCCGGCCUUCAGAGCUCAAAGACAAGUCCGGAGGUUAAGUCCGCGAGCAUCGUGAAGCAGGAUCAAGCACCAGUCCCGCCAUCUCUCAAGCCUUUGCUCAAUCCUGUCGUCUGGUACAUGCAUGAGAACAAAGCCACCAUUGGCGACCAUUUCUUCCUGCUCACAAAUUCCGCCGAUACCAUCCAUCUUGCCCGUGAUUUUGGAAUUCCAACUAAGAACAUUCAUCAGUUGAGAAGUGCUCUAGGUUUAGAUGAGUCCGUCGGAGUUAAGAAUGGUCCCAAACGCGAAGAGAGAUCUAAGAAAGAACAAUCCAAACCAGCCCCACGGCCAGAGGUCAAGACGUUGUUCAGCUAUGACGAUAUUGAAAGCGAUGAUGAAGAAGUCGUCUUCAAACCUCGUGGAAGAGGCUCUGGCUCUGCUCCCACCGUGACAGCCUCCAGGCCCGCCGCUCCUAGCAGAGCCCGCAAAGGCAAGGAUACUCGUUCACCGCGCACUUCUUUCAGUACCCCUGUCCAACCUGCAGCACAGACCCAACCUCAGAUUCCUAUCGAGGAGAUUGAUCCAGACUCCUUUGAUAGAGGUAGUUUUGGUCGCGGCAGUACUCCUCUUGUGAACGUUAGCAGCCACACGCAAGGCAGCUACAAUUCCAGCCGUGGCUCCGGGUAUCGUGGCAAUCAUGGCCAAAAUGGUCGAGGAGGAGCUCACUCUCGCGGUGGCGGCCGAGGUAUGGAACGUGGAUCAGCGCGUGGCAAAGGUCGACUCUUCGUCCCGUAA